UGUAUGUUAAAUCUUUAUGUAGAAUAUUUAAAUUUUACUGCUUCACAUUGAAUCUGUCUUAGACACAAACUUUUAGACUGUGACAUAAAUAAAGUGUAUAAACUUAUAAACAGACAAUAUGACUGAAGUGUUAAUGUUUACAUUAAGCGUUCACGUGUUUCGGUACAACAUACAUUCAAUAUAAAAUGAUAACACACGUUAAAAAUCUGAAACCUGUCAUUGAACGAACACGUUGUUUUUCUUUUACGACGAGUUUAUGUGUAGGAUUGUUACUGGUAUAUGUUUAUGUAUUUGAAAUGAAUAUUUCAUUAAGUUAUGUUGGAAUAUCUGAUAUGUUUAAUCUAAAAAACAACUGUACAACAAGGGUGUGCGUAUAUGGGAAUAUAUCCAAUAACAAAGGUGAGAAAAAAUGUUUCUCUCUUUCAAAAAAUAUAAAUUUUACAACUGUGUUCGCAAUGACGUCUGCGAGGAUGAAAAACCCGUACACUCUGACAGAAACCAAAGAUUUGCUGGGGAAAAAAAAUAUGACAUCCUGCAAUCGUUUUAUAACUAGGGGAGCACAUUUGGGGCGAAUUGGUAACCAAAUGUUUCAAAUAGCAUCUUUGCUUGGCACAGCUCAUAAAUAUGAUAUUUUACCUAUCAUACCAGAAAAUUAUCCAAUUAAUAAAUACUUUGAUCUUCCUAGCAGGAUACACAUCGAUAAUAACGAGAGUAAUAUGGUAAAAUGCAAACAGUUGAAAUCUGCUGUUUACUACAACUGUUCAAGAGCAAUAAACACUGGAAAAAAUAUCACAAUGCUUGGGUUCUGUCAGUCAUGGAAAUAUUUCUACGGCGCAUAUGACAUCGUCAAAUCUGUGUUCAGGUUUAAAGAUAGGUAUUUGCAUAGCGCAAAAGAAUUCUUGUCUCGAGUUUCACUGCCUGGAUAUAAACGUGUAUGCAUCCAUAUUCGACGAGGAGAUAUCACUAGUAAAAAAAACAGGAAUUAUGGUUAUGUUAUUGCAGAUUUAAAAUUUAUUGAAAAAGCAAAGGAGUUUUUCAGAAUCAAAUAUGCAAAAGUACAAUUUAUCGUCGUCAGUAAUGAUAAAAAAUGGUGUAGAAAUUAUAUUAAAGAUGUUAAUAUAAGUACUCUGUCUGAUCCUGGUGAGGACCUGGCUUUAAUGACUUUAAGCGACAACGUUGUUGUUACAACAGGAACAUUUGGAUGGUGGGGUGCAUGGCUUUCAGGAGGGACUACUGUCUAUUUUAAUCAAUAUCCAAAGAACGGUAGUGUAUUAGCUGCAAAAUUUAUACAUGAAGAUUAUUACCCUCCAAAUUGGAUAGGUUUAUCAUAGUGCGCGUCACUUAUUAGAACAUAACAUUUCAUUUGAAUAGUUUUAUCUUCUCUGGAUGUAACAUUUUCAGAACGUCAUUGUCAUAUGACUACAUUUUAAAGUUUCCUGGAUUUCUAAUUGACGUUAGGGCAUAAAUAUAGAGACACUUUGCGGAAAAGUUCCAGUCAUCCUGAAAAUUGAAACAAAUUAACGAUUACCUACUCAGAUAAAAAAUAAGCAGAUUUCGAAAGAAGAAGUGACAAUGUAUCAUGCAGACAUAACAUUGUUUAGCAUUUGUCAUGUAAAGAUUACCAUGAUAUAGAUAAAGGAAUUCCUUUAAAAGUUGUAUUAAUCUGAUAUUAUUGUGUUUCACAUUUAAUAUUUACUCAUGUUUGCAUGUUCUUGAGAUUUUUCGUCGAAUGCUCCGAUCUGCAUGAUAUUGUCAUACAAAUAAAAUGCGCCUAAAAUGCACCUGAAUCGACCAUUUAUUUAACACGUAUAAUUCACUUUUUCCUUGGAAAUUGGAGAGGAAGCCCAGAACCCAAACCUUAGUUUAGUAUAAAAUGUCAGCAAGUUUCUGCCGGAUUUUCCAUUCCAAAGUAUCAACAACAAAACAAUGUAACUUUCCACAUCAAUUUUAUUGUUGAAAAACAUUCUUUGCAUUAUUUUGUUUUUUAUAUGCAAUUGUUAAUCAUUGAACACAUUUCAACAUGCUGGAAUUAAAUAAUGUAAGUCAAUAUCAAAAUAGACUUAAUCACAUGAAGGAUUUCAUGAUAUUUAUGGACAGUUUUUAAAUAUUUGAACAAACCAUAAUUUUGUAGAUUUUUAUCUGUAAAUUUACAGAUAAAAAUGUGAUAAGAAAAUAUAAGAAGUGGCAUUAUAUUCAAAACAGCAGGUUAAAAUGAAUAUGUCUACGUAUUAUUUGAUAAAAUGUAUCAGUAUGGUAAGAUUCAGAUAAUUUGAUGAUUUUCAAUUUUCACUUCAUAAAAAGAUGAAACUCACUCCAUUACCUUUGUAGAUAUAAAAAUCAAUAACACAUCUUGUUUUAAGCUGCAUAUUUUAACAUAAAACUCAAAACAGCAAGUUCCUCAUUGAAUAUCUGUAAAUUUAUGGAUUGAAAAAUCUUAAAAUUUCUAGAAUGUCUAUAAAUUUACGAACAGUCCGUAAAUAUCAUGAAAUCCUAGAUCUGUUAAUUGUGUCUAUUGCCUGUGAGUGACAGAAGCAAACUAUUUUUGUCCUGUUAAUGUAAAAUAUUAUUCUCAAUAAACAAACAAAGUUUCAAAGAAAUAUCUUUAUCUAUUUUCUAGAAAUAUGAUUUUUAAUGACAUAAGCUCGAUCGGGCAUUUUCACCAGCCUGUUAACCGUUGACCGAACUGACUUGACAACAUGUGUUUUUGUAAAUAAACUCAAACUGUCGCUUAAGAUAACAUUUCCUGUGAUAUCUUCA